AUGGAGCUAAGAUUGGGGAUCAGGGUCACGCUGGUCCUAACUAUCCUGGCUCUGACCCUAAGUGGAGAGAGUGUAUUCGCCCAGAGAGCUGGGUGUAAGAAUGUCAAUUACGACCUUGUGUUCAUCCUGGACACCUCGUCCAGCGUUGGGAAGGAUAAUUUCGAGAAGAUCCGUCAGUGGGUUGCCAACCUGGUCGAUUCCUUUGAUGUUGGGGAUGAUAAAACACGCGUCGCUGUAGUGAGGUACAGUGACAGGCCGACUACAGAGUUCAACCUGGCCAGGUACAAGACCCUGGAAGACGUCAAGAGGGCCGCUCGAAACAUCCGUUACCUUGGCGGGAACACAAUGACUGGAGACGCCAUCAGCUACGCCACCAAGAACAUUUUCACCGAAAGAGGCGGGGCCAGACCGGCAGCUCGCGGCAUUCAGAAAGUCGCUAUCCUGCUAACAGACGGCAGGAGUCAGGAUUAUGUCCUGGAACCGGCCAAGGAGGCGGCCAAGGCUGGAAUCAGGAUGUUUGCCGUGGGAAUCGGCGAAGCCCUGAAGGUGGAAUUGGAGGAGAUUGCGGCCGAGCCGAAAAACGCUCACGUCUUCCACGUGACGGACUUCAACGCCAUCGACAAGAUCCGCGGUCGCCUGAGGAGGAGACUCUGUGAAAAUGUGCUGUGCCCUAACAUGAAAGUGCAGGCGGAUCGGUUCCAACCCAACAGUACCAGCUCCGGUCUGCAGCAGGUUCCAGGUUUUGAUCUAAUGGAGUACUUCAACGUGAGAGACAUUUUAGGGGAGAAGUUUGAGACAGGGCAGAGUUCUUACGUUAGACUGGGAACAAUGCCAAUUGUGCAGCAAACAGAAGAGGUUUUCCCUCAAGGUCUCCCUGACGAAUAUGCUUUUGUGACAACCUUUAAGUUCAGAAAAACCUCUCGCAGAGAGGACUGGUACCUGUGGCAGGUGUAUGACAAAUACGGCAUUCCACAGGUCUCAAUCCGACUGGACGGUGAGAACAAGGCUGUUGAAUACAACGCCGUCGGCUUGACCAAAGACGCCGUCAGAGCAGUUUUUAAGAGCCCAGAAGUGGAGAACCUUUUCGACAGAAACUGGCACAAGAUCGGCCUGAAAGUGGAGGCAAAGGCUGUGUCUCUGUACCUGGACUGCAAACACAUCCAAACCCUUCCCAUCGAAGACCGUGAAGACAUCGACAUCCAGGGAAAGACGGUCAUCGGGAAGAGACUUUACGACAGCGUGCCCAUAGAUUUUGACUUGCAGAGAAUGGUGAUUUACUGUGACUCCAAACAUGCUGAGGAGGAGACCUGCUGUGACCUUCCCACUGGACCUUGCCCCAAACAAGUGGUAACGGAAGCUCCUCCUGUGGAGCUCCCCACACCCACCCCAAAAAGCGGCGAGCAACAGAGUGGCCCCAAGGCACUCAACUGCUCCUGUCCUCCAGGGGAAAGGGGUGAAAUAGGUCUACCUGGUGUGGAGGGUCCAAAGGGGGAAAAGGGAGAUCCUGGAGUUAAGGGUGCGGCUGGAGCUGCGGGACCCAAAGGAGAGAAGGGCGAACCCGGCAGAAGCGUCUCUAUCAAAGGUGAUAGAGGAGAGAAGGGAGAUGCAGGCCAGCGUGGACAGCCUGGAACAAGAGGGGACAAAGGGGAGAAGGGAUCAAAUGGACUUCCAGGUUUGGCAGGAAAACAAGGAGACAAAGGAGAAAGAGGUGAAAAAGGCCUGGCUGGUGAUUCAGGCGUGCCAGGACCACUUGGUCCAAAGGGUGUCCAAGGAGAAGCAGGACCUCCCGGUUCACCUGGUCCAAAAGGAGUCACUGGAGAGCAAGGAGUAAAAGGAGACAAAGGAGCACCAGGAGCAAGGGGAGACCCAGGUUUGGACGGAUUUCCUGGAAAGCCUGGCUCCCCAGGCAAAGACGGAGUCGCGGGACUUGUCGGAGCUCCUGGUCCAGGAGGAGUGAAAGGAGAAAAGGGGGAGCGGGGCCCUGCAGGCUUACCUGGGGAUGUGUUCCGGCUGGAGGGAUUAAAAGGAGAUGCAGGGCCUCCAGGUCCACGUGGCCCUCCAGGGCCUGAGGGUCCCCCAGGACCACGUGGUCCCCCCGGACCAGAGGGUGUGCCCGGAGAGCCAGGAGAAAAUGGCCAACGGGGCAAGAAAGGUGAAAGUGGAUUACCUGGAGUUGAUGGACUACCUGGACCACCAGGCCCACAGGGACCUCCUGGAUCAUCUGGCGAACCUGGUAAACCUGGACCCCCUGGUCUGCCAGGGGAGCUCGGAUUUUCCGGAAAACCAGGAGAGCCAGGGAAACCAGGUUUACCGGGCAAAGACGGACUGGAUGGGUUGCCAGGAAACGAUGGAGAAAAGGGACCUAGAGGAGAACCAGGACUGGAUGGACUUCCAGGCCAAUCUGGUCCUAAGGGUGAUGAAGGCCCUCCCGGACCUAGAGGACCAGCAGGGGAGAGAGGAGAGGCAGGUUUGCCAGGGCAGCCAGGUAUAAUGGGACCCAGAGGAGACAAAGGAAGCCAGGGUGACCGAGGCAGAGAUGGAAGCUUUGGUCCAAAAGGUGAAAAAGGUGACAAGGGUGAGGUUGGACCACGAGGACCUGCUGGAGCACCAGGAGAUGUUGCCACCAUUGUCCCUCAGCCUGGUGAGCCGGGACAACCGGGAGCAAAGGGAGAAAAAGGAGACCAGGGGAAACCAGGGGAGAUGGGUCAAAGAGGAUUGCCCGGUGAGCAGGGCUUCAGAGGACUGCCCGGACCACCGGGAGUUAAAGGAGACACAGGACCUAAAGGGGAUCCGGGGACAAAUGGAGAGCCUGGCCCUCCGGGUUUGCCUGGACCUCAGGGUCUUCGCGGGUUGCCUGGCAACGUGGGUAUUCCUGGCAGCAUUGGUCCACCUGGUAUAGCUGGACAAAGAGGAGAGAAAGGAGAGACGGGUAAAGAUGGUCCUCCUGGACCUCCGGGACUCCAAGGAGAGCCAGGAUUGAGGGGGGAGACUGGAUUACCAGGCAAAGGCAAAGAUGGAACAAAGGGCGAACCAGGACCACCCGGGCCGAUGGGACCACCAGGGCUGAAGGGCCCACCCGGAGCUCCAGGAAUGCAGGGCAUGCCAGGGGCCAGAGGGCCCCCGGGAGAGGGUACCACUGGACCCCAGGGACCGCCAGGACCAGCUGGACCAAUCGGACCUCCAGGGGCAAGAGGUCAAACGGGCGUGGCUGGCCCUCAGGGACCUGCAGGGCACAAUGGUAUACCAGGACGACCAGGUGAAAAAGGUUCCCCAGGAGAACCGGGAAAACCUGCUGACCUGUCACAGCUGGACCUGAAGGGCGUGUGUAAGGACUGCCCCCCGGGUCCUGCUGGCCCCCCCGGAAUGCCAGGAGCCCCAGGUGAUAAAGGAGUACCGGGCUCCCCAGGGAAGAACGGCCAGGAUGGCUAUCAGGGUCAACCAGGGCCAACUGGACCCCCAGGACCACCUGGAGCUGACGGAGCAAAGGGGGUGAAAGGUGACAGAGGUCCUCAGGGGGCACCGGGGGACAAAGGUGAAAAGGGUGUUCCUGGACCUCCUGGUUUCCCUGGUGCUGCAGGAGUCAUGGGCCAACCUGGUACAGAUGGUAACCCAGGACCUAUGGGCCCUCCAGGACCCCCAGGAGAAAAAGGUAAAGAGGGUUUGAAGGGAAUCCAGGGACCUCCUGGUCUUCCAGGCUUGAUGGGAGCUCCUGGUAAAACUGGCAAAGAUGGACGCCCGGGAGAACCAGGAGAACCAGGUAAACAAGGUGAACCAGGACCACCAGGCAGAGAUGGGCUCAGAGGACUUCCAGGUUUCAAGGGCCACAGAGGAGAGCCCGGACCACCAGGGUCAAAGGGAGAGGAUGGAAAGGAUGGUCCACCAGGGCGUGAGGGCAAUCCCGGUAAAGAUGGUAUUGCUGGGCCACCAGGACCUGAGGGUAUGAGGGGACCAAGAGGCGAGUCGGGUAAACCAGGUGAGCCUGGUUCUGCAGGGAAACCAGGUGCUGCUGGCUCUCCGGGUCUUCCGGGAGUGAAGGGAGAAACAGGGAGUCCUGGAUUACCAGGCUUCAGCGGUCCUAAGGGACCUCCGGGUCCGCCUGGUCCUUUUGGCCCAGAAGGCAAACAAGGUAUGCCAGGACAUCCCGGGGACCGUGGAGCAAAGGGAGAGAAGGGUGAUAAUGGAAUAAAAGGAGACAAAGGUCCAACAGGAGACCCUGGGAUGCCCGGGAACCCCGGACCUCCAGGACGGAAGGGCCACACAGGGAUGAUGGGAAUGUCAGGUCCCCCAGGAGAGAUAGGCCCUCCUGGACCGCCUGGAACCCCAGGUCAGCCUGGCCUCCCAGGUAUAAGGGGAGAAACCCCAUCUCUGGAGCAGAUGCGAAGGCUCAUUCAAGAAGAGCUUGCCAAACAGUUAGAUGCCAAAAUGGCCUACCUCAUGGCUCAGAUUCAGCCCACUCACGUAAAGAGUACCGCUGGACGACCCGGUCCACCAGGACCUCCUGGAAAGGAUGGAAUGCCAGGCAGACCCGGUCCACCUGGAGAACCUGGAAUACCUGGCCAGAAUGGGGCAGAGGGCCCAAGAGGUCCAUUGGGCCCUAAAGGUGAAAGAGGAGGUCGGGGAGAGAAAGGUGAAGCUGGCGUCGGACAAACCGGUCCUCCUGGUCCUCCUGGCCCCAUCGGUCCAGCCGGUAUGCCAGGCUAUGGGAAAGAUGGUCUUCCCGGGUCAGCAGGUGCCCAAGGUGAGCCUGGACACCCUGGGCCCCAUGGUCAACCAGGACCCCCUGGACCUCCAGGACAGUGUGACCCCUCUCAGUGUGCUUACUACGCCAGUUUGGCAUCACGACCCACAAAUGUCAAGGGCACUUAG